AUGCUAAGGUCUAUUGCCAAGGCUAGUUGUAGGCGCCAAUUUUCAGCUUCAUCAAUGGCUUUAAACAAACCAGUUCUCUUUAACGUGCAAGAUACUGCGCGUGUCGUUAGUUUGAAUAGGCCUGGCAAGCUCAAUGCUCUCAAUACCGAAAUGUGUUCAUUAGUCUUCGACACUCUUAAGGAAUAUUCCAAGAGUGAUAGCGCACAUCUAGUUGUUGUUAAGUCUGUGAAUCAUCCAAGAUCGCUUUGUGCAGGUGGUGAUGUAGCCGCUGUAGCUACUCUUAAUAAAGCAGGUCAAUACGAUCAAUCAAUUGACUUUUUCCAACACGAAUAUUCUUUAAAUUUCCAAUUGGCAACUUAUGGUAAACCUAUUGUUGCAUUUAUGGAUGGUAUCACCAUGGGUGGUGGUGUUGGUGUUUCUGUUCAUAAUCCAUUCCGUGUAGCAACAGAAUACACAAAAUUGGCAAUGCCAGAGAUGGACAUUGGUUUUUUCCCCGAUGUCGCAAGUACGUUUGCCCUACCACGUUUGAUCAAUUUGUCUAAUGAAAAUGCACAAUUAGCUCUUUAUUUGGUUUUAACUGGUGAAGUUUUAACAGGUGAAGAAGCUUAUUUACUUGGUAUUGCAUCUCAUUACGUUCCUCAUGAAAAUAUUGAGGAUUUACAAAAUAGAUUAGGUGAGUUAGUUGCACGAGAUGGCCGUUUCAAUGAUGGGUCCUUUUAUGAUACAGUUAAUGAGGCUAUCGAAGAAUUCUCAAGGCCUUUACCAUCUGGUAAACAGUUGUUGAGGUACACAGUAGAUCAACUACGUGUUAUCGAAGCUUGUUUCGACGCUUACAGUUUGACCUCGAUUCAACAGUUGUUACACAAUUUGGAACGUGUAGCUUCAGAUCCAUCAAACUCUGAAGACGCUAGAAAAUUUGCACAAUUCACUUUACAACGUCUAUUGACUAAAUCGCCAACUUCUAUGCAAGUGGCUUUGAGAUUAAUUCAUGAAAAUGGUAGAGAUAACUUGGAAAAUGCUGUUAAAAGAGAUUUAUACACUGCCGCAAACUUCGCUCUAGCUUCACAACAAGGUUCUGCUUUACCGGUAGAAUUUAAUGAAGCCGUCACCCAUAAAUUGAUCAACAAAAAUAAGGAUCCAUAUUCUUGGAAAUACAAACUGGGAGACUUAUCUCCAUCUCAAUUGACAUCACUAGUAUCGCCAAAACCUUCAGUUCCACUUUCUCUCCUAAGAAAUACAAGAAAUAUUACUUAUAAGGAUUAUCCACAUCAUCACAGAUACCAGUUGCCCAAAGAACAACAAAUUUUAGAAUAUGCUGUUGGUGGAGGUGAACAAAAGCCACUUACGAGACGCCAAGUCGUUGAAUAUUUCACCAAUUUUUACGGUCCUUCAAAGGGUAAGGUCGGUACAGAUAUUUUAGUUGAUCUAGUGUUAGCUAAAAACUGUCAAGAAGAUCCUGUUACGGGUCAUCUAACCUCUCUAAAUAGAUCUUGA